UUGGAUUUUGUGUUGACAGCAGGAUUAAGCUUGCCAGAACUCUGGGCCAUUUGAGGGGAAGGGAGAAAGGAGAAUAAAUAAAGGAAAUAGGAGGCUUGAUAGCCUUUCACUGAAUGAAAUUGAGCUUAGAGGACCUUUUCUACUUUUUAACUAUCAAUCUUUGUAGUAAAACACCAUGGCGGCUACUGAGGACUCACCAGACUCCACAGUACGGAACAGGAACCACACCAAAGACCAAACCUGCGCAGAACAAAAUGGUGGUGAAUCUGAUAUUAACAGCCCUACUGAAUUGAAAAGACAUAUGGAGGGUGUGAAGGCAGACAUUGUGGAGGAUGUAAGCAAUCAUUUAGGGACCCUUCUUGAUGAAGCCAUGACAGAGAAGGUGCAAUCACACAGGAAUGGAGAUAAAACUGCAACAUCUGUAAUAAAGAAACGACCCCAGGGAUCAAUGUCUGAAAGAAGGAAAACAUUUGUGCAUCGUAUGUCCCUGCUGGAUGACUUGAAGGAUGCGGGACAUUUCCAGAUCAUUUACAACAUAUUUGUGGCUGCCUUCUGUGUUUUUAUUAUUAGUAAAGCAGCUGUGGAUAUCAUUGACCAAGGCAGGUUGAUUGACCCUAGCCUUCUCAUUUUUGCCUUUGGACAACCUGGCACAGUUGCAUGGACCUGGAUCUGUCUAUUUACAUAUACACUGCUAGUGCCUUAUAAAGCACUAGUAUUUUGGGGGUCUUUGUAUCCCAAAUCUAAUCACAAAAUCAUGUUGUCUGCCUUUGUAGGAAUACUCCUACUUGUGGGACAGAUAUGUGUCCUUUGUAUUUUCCCUGCCUAUGUGGCACAACAUUUUCGGCUGCCACCAGCUUCAGGUUUUAUUGUAACUCUGGAACAAGCUCGAUUGAUUAUGAAGAGUUAUUCGUUAUUAAGAGAGGUAGUUCCAACUGUUUUACAUAAAGAAAAAAAAGAAAUUCAACUGCCAAAACUUUCCAGUUACCUGUAUUUCCUCUUCUGUCCAACUCUAAUUUAUAGAGACAGCUAUCCCAGAACCCCAUACAUCAGGUGGAAAUACGUAAUCAAGUAUUUUGCAGAGUUCCUAGGCUGUGUGCUUUUCAUCUACUAUGUCAUGGACACCCUGUGUAUUCCAGUGUUCACCAACAUGAGUAAACAGCCAUUCAGUGUAAAGACUUUGGUGUUAUCCAUCUUUCAUGCUACACUACCAGGUACCCUUGUGCUGCUGCUGGCAUUCUUUGGCUUCUUGCACUGCUGGCACAAUGCUUUCGCAGAGAUGCUCCGCUUUGCAGAUCGAAUGUUUUACCAGGACUGGUGGAAUUCCACAUCAUUCUCAAACUAUUACCGGACAUGGAAUGUGAUAAUCCACGAUUGGCUCUUUUAUUAUGUGUACCAAGACCUUCUGUGGCUGCUGAAUAAGAAGUUUCGUUCAGCAGUGACACUGGUCGUGUUUCUCUUGUCCGCUUCUGUGCAUGAAUAUGCCUUCACAAUGUCACUUGGGUAUUUUUACCCAGUUAUGUUUUGCCUCUUUGCUAUUUUAGGAGUUCUGUUUAGUUUCGCAAUGAAUGACAAGCAAAAAAGUCCAGUGUUCAAUAUAAUAGUAUGGGCCUCCCUGUUCAUUGGUCAGGGCAUCCAGAUUUCUCUAUACUGUCAGGAAUGGUAUGCACAGAUCCAUUGUCCACUCACAGAGAAAACAUUCUGGGGACUUGUGACACCUCGCUCAUGGUCCUGCCACUUAUGACCAAAGAAUCAAAUACAUUUCUAGGAACUUUCAAUACGUAAGCUUUACACUCUAUGCACAGAAAAGUGCAAAACAUUUGCCAGUGACUGGAUGUAUGGACCUUAUUCUACAGAUUACUAAAAAUCCCUUACAUCACAACAAUCAAAAAUGUACUUCUGCAAGCAAAUAUGUUUUUUUCUAGUCAAUGUACCCUACCUAAAGUUUUAAAAAGUAACCUAAUAGAAAGCCUCAUGUAUCAUUGAGGGGUUAGUGUCAAUAAAAUGCCUAAUUGUCAUCUUCUGAAUGCUGCCAAAUCCUCUGUACCCCUCCACUGGAAGAAUACACAACCACCGACCGUAAGUCUUUGGCUCCACAAAGUGGAAUAAAUAAAUAAAAUGGAAGACUCAAUCCUCACAGCGCAACA